AUGAAAAGUGAAGUUAGGAGUGUGAUUUGCAAAGGAAAUGCUCCUGUUGAUGUUGAGUGUGCAGCUAAAGUUGAUGUGGCUCAUGUUUACCAUGAAGGUGAUGAUCUUUAUGAUGUUAUGUUAAAUCAGACCAAUGUACAAAGUAAUAACAAUAAAUAUUAUAUUAUACAACUGUUGGAAGAUGAUAGUAUGAAAAACUAUUCUGUUGGUGUCGUUGGGGUCGUGUUGGGAAAUGUGGGUGCCAAGAAUUGUUUUGAAAGAAAAUUUUUUGAUAAAACUCAAAAUCAAUGGAGCGAUAGAGCGCAUUUCAUAAAACAGAAUCGAAAAUAUGACAUGGUUGAGAUUGAUUAUGGUGUUAAGGAUCGUGUUAUUGUACCAGAGAAGAAGAAAACCAAGGAAGUUAAGUCGAAGCUUUCUGUUGCUGUUCAGAUACUUAUGCAGUUGAUAUGCAAUAUGAACAAUAUGGAACAAGUUAUGGCCGAAUUAAAGUACGAUUCGCGUCGUGCUCCUCUUGGUAAACUGAGCUCAUCACAGAUUCGAGCAGGCUAUACAGCACUGGAUAAUGUUUCCAAAAUAAUCGGUGCUUUAUCAGCAUUAAGUCAAUCAUCUGAUCCUGAGAAAGAGACUAAAUCCAAAGGUCGUGUUAAGCGCGUAAAAGCAAACGCUAGUGAUAAGCGUAAAUUAGAAGAACAAUUGCUAUCAGCUUGUAGUGAUUUCUAUACACGAAUCCCUCAUGACUUUGGAUAUCAUCUAAUGCUUCCUUUCAAUUGUUUUUAUUCAGUAAUCGAUAUGCACUACAAAUGUUUCUUUGAUUUACUGGAUCCGGUUUCUUAA